AUGAACGGCCCGCAGGAUCCUGAAGCCGCCACCGAGUCCUUCCCGCCCUUCUCGCCGCCGCAGAACCAUCAGCUUCCCACUCCUGCCCUGUCUCCCAGCCAGACAGACGUCUCCGCCGCCGACGAUGGCUCCGCCUCUGGUCUGGGCAUUUCCUCCGUCCCCGAGGGCGCAGUGGUAAAUGGUCUCGCGAAUGCGCCGAAGAAGCAGGACACAAACGGGGCCGAGAGGAGAGGGAGGUCACUGUCACAUCGCCAUGGGUCCAUGUCAAUGGACGGCGCUGUUUUGGCCGGCUUGGAUACCAAAGCGGACCAUCCAAAGCGGAAGAACAGUGUGGCUUCGUCCACCUCGCCGCGUGGCGACGCCGAGAAGGAGCGCAUCCUGAAGCUUUCCCCGGCCCAAAUACAUGAGCUGACCUCGUCACCAACAUCACUGCCUCUGCGUCCGGUGGAUGGUCCCAUCGAGCCAAUGCCAAAGCUGGAUGAAGCACCUAUGAUCCUUGAGAAGUCAUACCCGACAAACCACUCUCAAGAGUCAGCGUCUCCGCAAAAGUACACAUCGCCGCCUGAAAAUGGAGAGCAUCGAAUGCACAGCUCAUCAAAAACAAAGGACGCUUCCAGCUAUCCUGAGCCAAGCCAUGUCAAAUCCUCCUCACGGGACGCGAAGAGUAAACCCAGCAUGUCGCGGACUGUUUCCACUCCAAUCAUGCGCCGAAAGCAAUCCAAUAGGGGUACGCCAUCCUUAGAUCAGGCCCAGCUAAAGUUCCGGCCAACUCCUUUGAAUCUGGAUGACAAAAGAGGCGAUUCGAACGGCGGUCUCAAGCCUUCUGCUAUACAAGAAACCCCUAUGGCCUCUCCAAUGCCAGCGACUAUUCCCUUACCGCCAUUGUCUAUUCCCACUUAUUUACAACUGGAGCUUUCGUCCGAUAAACCUUCUCCGCUGUACAUUCAUCGACCCGUGAACAGUGACUUCCCGUACGAGUCAUCGCGGAUCAAGUUCGAACGUCUGUUGAACUUUCUUAUUCUACCAUUCGAACUCGAGCAAUCUCUAUGGUUUGGCGCCCUUGCCUGUCUUGAUGCCUGGCUCUACACCUUUACCAUCCUGCCUUUACGCUUUCUCAAGGCCCUCUGGAUCCUCGCCAAGUGGUGGGCAACGAACGCGUGGAAGGAAGUACAUGACAUUGCCGUUUUCAUCUACCAAGGUGUAGGCAGAGUUUGGCAGCGAAGACGAGGGAUGGUAGAACAUCCCGCCGGCAACGGCUCGAUAGAGAAUGACUUGACGCCACGCAAGUCAUCUUUCUCUCAGGCCUCAGACCCUCCCUCUGGAGUUUCGACUGGGAAUAGCAUUCCUAUCAUCAAGGAGCCAGCGCCUUCACGGAGGCCUCCAAAAUCCUCCAUCUACCGCCACCGCAGGCUCAAGUCUGUGCCUUCCACUCUGCUUCCAAACCACAAAGCGGACAUCCUGAAAGGCUUGUUGGUGCUCGCAACCUGCGUGGUCCUAAUGCGGUUUGAUGCAAGUAAGACAUACCACAACAUCAGAGGCCAGGCCGCGAUCAAGCUGUACGUCAUUUACAACGUUCUUGAAGUAUGCGACCGGCUUUUCUCCGCACUGGGCCAAGACAUUCUCGAGUGCCUUCUCUCGCGAGAGACCCUGGACCGGAACGCCGACGGCCGGAGCAAAGUAAUCCGACCUUUCUGGAUGUUCCUCCUAGCCCUGGCGUACACUUCUAUUCACUCCACCGCCCUGUUCUACCAGGUCAUCACCCUCAACGUUGCCGUCAACUCAUACUCCAAUGCCCUUCUCACGCUCUUGAUGUCCAAUCAAUUCGUUGAGAUCAAGGGCACCGUGUUCAAGAAGUUUGAAAAGGAAAACCUCUUCCAGCUUACCUGCGCGGACAUGGUCGAGAGGUUCCAGCUAUGGCUCAUGUUGAUGAUCAUCGCCUGCCGCAACAUCGUCGAGGUCGGCGGUCUGAGCAUCCUCGGGGACAUAUCAGGCUCGUCCAGCGCAGCCCUCGGCAGCAACGGCACGACGGCGCCAUUCCGAAGCACAAGCAUCAUCCCCAAGAGCUUCACCAUCUUCCCCAAAUGGACGGGGCAGGUCAUGGGCCCGUUCCUGCUCGUGCUCGGCAGCGAGAUGCUCGUGGACUGGCUCAAGCACGCGUACAUCACAAAGUUCAACAACACCAAGCCGGCCAUCUACGGGCGCUUCCUCGACGUCCUCGCCAAGGACUACUACUCCAACGCCUUCUUCGACCAGAACCUCACCAAGCGGCUCGGCCUCCCCGUCCUGCCGCUCGCCUGCCUCUUCAUCCGCGCCACCAUCCAAACAUACCACAUGUUCCUCGCCACGCACAUGCCACUACCCAUCGCAUCGCCCGCCACGAGCCUCUCAGUCGAGAGCGGCGGCUCGCAAGCCACAUCGUCGUCGUCGCCCGCCACGACGGCCGCCCUCGCCCACAUCGACCACAUCUUCCGCCGCGCGCUCGGCCGCUCCUCGUUCGGCGCCGGCGGCAACGUCGCGUCCCCGCAGUCUUCUUAUUUUUCCUCGACGAUGACCGGGACGGCGUGGCAGCUGUGGUCGCUCGACGACGUCAUCGCCUUCACCACCAUGAUCGUCGUCUUCCUCGUCGGCUACUUCGUGCUGCUCGCGUUCAAGCUCGUGCUCGGCAUGGCGCUGCUCGGCUUCGCGCGCUCGCGCUACAAGGGCAUGAAGGAGCGCGAGAAGAUGGUCACCACCACCGACGGCAAGCGCGUCGGCGGCUGGGGCGUCGUCGAGGUCGAGGACGACAAGAAGAGGUGGAUCUAUGCGGACGACCCCGAGGGGCUGCGGGCGCUGCGGGAGAGGGAGGCCAAGGCGAGGGAGAAGGAGAUGAAGGAGGCGAGGGGGGGCGAUGGGAAGUUGGAGGGGACGAGUCGGUAUAGCAUGGUUGCUAAGAGGAUUUGGUAG